CUUGAGGCAGUUAUGUUGAAGGAAUUGUCUAGCAUUCGGGAACUGGCAGCGAAAGCAUGUUUCCGUGAGCUACAUCCUACGAACAGUGCCCUAAUUAUGGCCCAGUCCGGAUCAAAAGGAUCGAACAUUAACAUUUCUCAAAUGAUUGCUUGUGUCGGUCAGCAGGCUAUUAACGGCAAGCGAGUGCCAAACGGCUUCGAAGACCGUGCUCUGCCACAUUUUGAAAAGCAUUCAAAAAUUCCUGCGGCUAGAGGCUUCGUGCAAAAUAGCUUCUAUUCAGGAUUAACACCGACGGAAUUCUUCUUUCACACAAUGGCUGGUCGCGAAGGUUUGGUUGAUACCGCGGUGAAAACUGCGGAAACGGGAUACUUGCAAAGACGAUUAGUGAAAUGCCUAGAGGAUUUAGUUGUUCAGUAUGACGGGACGGUGCGCAAUGCGAUUGGCGAAGUCGUCGAAUUUACCUACGGAGGUGAUGGCUUAGAUCCUGUCUUCAUGGAGGUUAAGAAUAAACCGGUCGACAUUGAAAGACAAUUCACCCACGUUCGGAAUAUGUGCCCGUCUCGAACCGAAAGUCCACUACGCGGCGAGGAUAUAUUCGACGUUGGAGAGUAUGUUCUGUCCAAACCGGAUUUCGUCAAUGUCAGAGCAGACUAUCGGAAGGAAUGUUUGGAGUUCUUAAAAAAAUUCGGUACACGUGCGGCAUCGAUUCAACGGCGCUAUCAAUGCGGACCUAAGAUAGCAAUGCAAAUAGAGCGCACUACCGCAGGUCAGAUAGAACAAUUUUUGCUACAGGUUCGCAAUAAAUACAAUAAAGCGGAAACGGAACCUGGCACUGCGGUAGGUGCAUUGGCGGCACAGAGCAUUGGCGAGCCUGGAACGCAGAUGACUUUGAAAACCUUUCACUUUGCUGGAGUAGCAUCGAUGAACAUCACUCAAGGAGUACCACGCAUCGUUGAAAUCAUAAACGCCACCAAAGCCAUCUCUACACCCAUUAUAACGGCGGAGAUAGCCAAUAGUACGAAUAUGGAAUUCGCUCGGAAGGUUAAAGCCCGCAUUGAAAAGACGACUCUAGGCGAAAUAUCAUCAUACAUCGAGGAAGUGUACCGAUCGGAUGAUUGUUUUGUGUUGAUCAAACUCGACUUAGAGCGUAUCCGCGUGCUCGGGUUAGAGGUCAACGCUGAAACAAUACGUUACUCCAUCUGCACGUCCAAGCUGAAACUAAAACAGGAGAAUGUGCAACUGCAUGGGCCAUCGCUGAUAACCAUACGACCGGACAGUAGUAAGCACAGCCACAGCCUGAACGCUGAGCUGCAACGCCUUAUCGUCGCUAUCCCGAGUGUGGUUGUUGCCGGAUUGCCACAAGUAUCACGUGCCGUGAUUGCCGUCGACGAUUCUCGCGGGACCUCAAAGUUUCGCUUGUGUGUUGAAGGAUGUGGCCUGCGAGAUGUAAUGGCAACUUACGGCGUUAUCGGGACGAAAACAAAAAGCAACAACAUUUUGGAGGUGUACCAAACACUUGGGAUCGAGGCAGCGCGCUCCACUAUUAUGACCGAAAUCACGGAAGUUAUGGAAGGGCACGGAAUGAGCGUCGAUCAUCGCCACAUUAUGCUGUUAGCUAGUCAGAUGACUUCGCGUGGUGAAGUGCUCGGUAUCACCAGACAUGGGUUAGCAAAAAUGCGCGAAUCGGUGUUUAAUCUCGCUUCGUUUGAAAAAACAGCCGAUCACCUGUUUGACGCUGCUUACUACGGGCAAACAGAUUGCGUAGAUGGGGUUUCGGAACGUAUCAUUCUAGGUAUGCCAGCCUCGAUAGGCACGGGGCUGUUCAAGUUGAUACACAACCAUGAUGAUUUCCAGCUCGAUACAAGAGAAGAACCUAUUUUUAAUGUAGUUUAA